CAAUGAGGGCCGAUCCAUCGAUGCCAGCUUCUCGAGGACCGCAGGUCAGAACCAUCAGUAUGACGCACUAUCUCUAGACACUACCUUCUAUCAUUCCUACUUAACCAUCAAUGACAAAAGCGAAAUGACGUAUCCUACAUCGCCCCCCUUUUCUCUGGAUAGUCUUGACAGCACGCGUCCUCCUUGGAUCUACCAGCAUCCUGAACCACGCCAUCGUCCCCCUACAUACCCUUUUCCUGCAACGCUUUCCCCUCCUACCGACUACUCCUCGUUUCCCGGAUCUUAUUCCCUUACUGCCCAAGAAGAGCCGGUCGGCGCAUGCCACUCGUUUCAUUUGAACGCUCAAGAAUGCGAGCAGCUUGGCAUCUUUCAUGGGACUGCCGGAUUAUCUCGGCCAUCACAUUACAUCAAGGGGCCCACCCAACUACCGCCUCGCCCUUAUUCAGCAGAUCCCCCGCGUACUGGAGUUCUGGGGAAACGAUUGAGGAGAAGGUCCUCGGAUUCUGACCUUGCAGAUCGGGACACCACGAUAACUGCAUUGCCUCAUGCAUGCGAUUCCCGCUCAGAAUCUAGGAUUAAACGUACAAUCGCAGCACCUCAUGGUGCCCAGCCACCUGUGCAUCUCCGUGCACAGCACGUCAAGGUCACUGCCCCCGUGGAGCCAUCUCGUCAUCAACAAUCAGUCCCACAAAAGGUAGAUUGCGAUGACUGCCUAGUUGACGAGUCGGCCGUGCGCAUUGGCGGACGACUUCUACUGCACGUUUACGAAUGCCAAUGGGACAAAAAUCACUCCCCCUGUGGUAUGCAUAUCGAAGGCGAUCAGGCCAGCGUCACAGAUCAUCUCGCUAGGUUUCAUGGUUUCACGGGUGGUGAAGGGGAUACCGCUUGUCUUUGGGAUGACUGUACCUCAAAAAAGCGCGCUGCUAUGAAAGGUACAAGCAUCGCUCGUCACCUCGUCACUCAUAUCGGCUACAAAAUAAAAUGUACCUCCUGCAAUGUCGACUAUGCACGGGAAGAUGCAUGCAGGAGAAGCCACGCGAACGCAAGAUCAGAAUGCCAGAGGAUGCAGAUAGCCCCUGUCCAUGGCACCGGUGUUAUUGCGCUGAAGGUUCAAACCUGCGAGCCCGCCGCUAAGAAAAGACAUGUCGCGGACGUAUAGAUCCAAAAUUCUAUCUAUCGUAACCUUCUUACCUAAUUACUUCAUAAUAUGCUGACUUUUUUCCUUUCUCUCUUUAAUUUCCGCGUAGAUACCAGGGCUCGUAUACCCCAUCAUAGAGCCAAUCGCAUAGUUUAUUGCUAUCUAUUGAUACACAUACCUCUGUAUUUUAUUCAUAUCCGGAUCCAUAUUCUAGCUCGAUUCUCAAGUCCUAGUUGUAUUCAUCUCGCUCCCAUUUACUAUUAGAAUAUUGUAGUGUUAUGCUUAUGUAGACAGUCGUCACCUAUCCUUAUCAAAGUUGUAGCGCGUCUUGCUCAGGCCAUACUUACCAUAUCAUAUAUCUGACAGAUCGGAAUGACGCGCCACUC